AUGUUUGGCAGCGGUAAACCUCACCGUAACGGCUACUAUGCCGAGCACGAUCACUUGGCCGUCACAGACGGCGCAAUUCAGCGCAAGACUGAGCAUUGGACUGCCUAUCGCAAGUCAGAUGCUUGCUUUCUGACUUACGUUAUUCUCGUCUGUGCGACCCUGUUCGCUGGAGGCGUUGCGAUUGCCGCCGUUCUCAUUCGUGACCAUAUGGCUCCGGUCGACAACGCUACCCAGGCCGCGGUUGCCAACAUCGUCCCUCGCUUCCCUGCCAUGCAGUUCACCACCGGUUCUUUCAAUGGUACCCAGUACAGCGCCAAUCAUACCCAGAACGCUGUCUCUACUGGCAUCUCGACCGGCAUCCAUAUCUCAACCGCCGAUCCCGCCCACUGCACUGAUGAGACUGAGACUCAGACUUCCACUCAUAUCACCAGCGAGACAUCCAUGGAGCAGAUAACUACCAUCAAGAAGACGCUCACUCAGACUCGUACUUUGCAAGAGUCUGUCAAGGGAACAACUGUGUCUUCUGCCUUGGCUGUCACUGGCACCCAAUCUGGUACAACCGUUGCCUCGCAGUCUGUCGACACUAUCACUGAGUUCAUUACUAGUUAUGUGACUGAGACGGCAAUUGAGACUGCCAGUGUAACUCCCACCGAGUCUAGUGGCGAGUCCACCUCUCAGGUCCAGACUCCGUCGAUGGAAACCACUUCAGUCUUUCUUACCAAAACCCGAACUGCCGUUAAAAAGGUAACUUCUACCGUUCGGGAAGUGGUGGUCAUCACCACAUACACCCCCACAAGCAUCGUUCUCUCAACUGUUACCGUCACUCCUUCUGAAUUUGUUUCUACCCAAACCCACGAGGCUCAAUGCUCCCCCGACGACCAUACGGUCUAUGUCACUGUCACCAAGGCUGCCGAACUCGGUUCUAGCUCUUUGGAAUCUUCUACUGUCAUGGCUAAGACCAAGAUCGUCUCUCCUUCUUCACCCCCCUCUUCCUCACCGUUCUCUUCCUCACCGGCUCCUUCCCAUUCCACUGAAACUGUCCUGGCCACCUACACUGUCACCGUGGACAGCCUGAAACCCAUCAGCAAGGCCCCCGUUCAUAGCAGCCCCUCUGGUGUUUCCAGCCUGAUCACAACCGUCAUAUCCGGCGUCGAAAAGACUCUUGCUGUGACCGAGAUGGCUACGCAGACAGUCUUUGAGACCGUAAUUGAUGGAACCACUGUUCUGGUCAGCACUGCCGUUUCUUCAGUGCUCGGUACCCCCGGUACCCCCGUCUGGAUAUCCCCCUCCCCUUCUACCCUCCACGGAACUGCGACCGUCACCAAGACGGUCACUGAUAUGGUCACCGAGUCUCUCAGUGCAUCUGCUGCUGAUGUCCUUGAGGCUUCAUCCACCACCGUCAUUGCGUCUUCUAGCAGUGCCCUCGAAUCCACACAGUCAGUCUUCACCACGGUCUACCUCGCCAACUACGAAACCCGGACCUUGACUGUUGAUGGCAUCGCGACCAUUACCCUGUACAUUGACGAACCAACUUCGUCUGCCUUGAACUCCACCAAUAUGCCUACCAAGACAGAUGUCGAUGUCAUCACUGAGGUCGACAUCAACACCAUCACAGUCACAGUCGACGGCGAGGUUGAGACUUCCGUGGCCAGUGUCCCAAAGAGCACGAACGCGACGCUUACCCAGAUGAGAGUGGUAACUGAGACCGGCACCUCUACCAUCACCAACACAACUCGCAUCGCUAACAACACGAUUGUGCAGCCCUCGGGCGUCACAGUCAACACCACCAUUUACAUCACCGGCACUCCGAUGAUGCACCCCACCACCGCGGUGCAGCAGCCGCCUUACCCCACGGGCAACAGCACUGUAUUGUUCUCAUCCACAGGCACUGGCCAUCCGGUCAGCACUAUGCCUGUCGUGGUGUCCAACGCCGAGAAACGUGCUGAGCCGUUCGGCUUCAGCGCAGUUGAUCGAAACAGUAUGACCUGCCAGACCUGUCUGGUCAUGUUCGUUCUGGGACUCUUUGUCCUGUUCUAA